GUCUAUUUAAUUAAUUGUUUACCAUAAGAAACAGUAACGCUUACUGUGUUCGAUCACGCUCAGUGUUUGUUUACAUACGAAAUCCGCCAUUAUUGGAUUACGUCAUUUGAAAUUUAUGAUCGCGCUGAAAUCGGAGAAUGGUGUAUCCAAGUUCUUCGAAGCCGACGCAGGACCCAUGCUUAACUUACGAAGGUCAUUUUUGGUUUAACAGUGAUGUUGUGAGGUUUGUAGGUCUCCUUUUGAUCCUUUUCUCUCUAAAUACUUUGUAUCUAUAAAUAAAUAUUUAUUUUCUGUGUGUUUUCACAUGUUAAGGUUAAUAUUUCACCACGUUUUCUAGCCAUGUAUAAAUCUUAAAACAAACCAAUUUUAAGUUUUUGGCUAACUACGAAACGUAGAUUGUGAGGUAACUGGCUGUAGCUAUCUUUAUUUUUUUCUUCCUAUUCUUUUUAUUCAGCUAGCUCCUUUUAGCUGGGAAAGUAGCCAAAUGCAGUUUGGCUGCAAGUGAAUGGUAGCCAAAUGCAGUUUGGCUGCAACACAAUUCUUAUGCUAAAUGCAGUUGGCAGUGACCACUUUUAUUACUGUUUUAAAAAUUUAAUCUGCAAAAUAAAACUGCUGAGUAAUUUUUUAAACUUGACCGGGUUGUUAAUGCCAGGCUGUUCACUGAUUUCUUUUAAAACCGAAGCGAUAAGGAUUUUUGGAAAAUGGUAUUACCCAAUAUGCUCAUGUAUGACACAAUUCACAUAUUGGGCGCCCAGUGUUAACGAUGGGUUGUUUCCUGUGUUUUUAUUUAAUUUGUUGUGAUAAAGUUUUUUUACCUGCAAUAAACGUUCAACCUGGUGUUAACAACAGGGUGUUUUGUGUGUUUUUUAUUUAGAUUAAAGUUGAUAAAUUUUUAUAAUAGAUAAAUUUUUUUGGAAAAAUCUAUUAUGGCUUUAACGCAUGUGUGACACCGUGCUCAGUCUGGUGUCAUGAUUAAUUUGUUCUUAUUUCGCAAAAUAAAAUAAUAUUGACUAAUUUUUUUUUGUGAUGACGGGGUAAAAACAGGUUGUAAAUUGUUUUAUUUCGGCUAAAGUUGCAGUAAAGUUAUAUAUAUUUAAAAAAAUAUGUUACAACACUAUAAAACACUAUAAUGUUGUGUGAGCUUUACUCGAUUCAUGACAUAUUCUGCAUACCUGUACUAAAGCGCUCCAAUAAUGGAAUUUUUUAGCUGAAUGGGGUAACGACGGGAUUUUUCCUGUGUUUUAACAUAAACCAAAGUUGCAGUAAAUUUUUUUUUGAAAAGGAUAUUAUGCGUUCUCUGUCCGCUGUCAUGAUAAAGUUUUGAACUUUCAUGGAAACUUAUUCAGCAAAAUAAAAUAAUAUUGCUCGAUUGUUUUUGCUAUGACAUAGUAACAACGGUUUGUAAACUGUUUUAAUUCAGCUUUUGUUGCGGGAAAGUUAUUUUUUGAAAAAUAUGUUACAGUCGCAACACUACAAUGGUGUGUGCGCUCCACUUGAUUUGCAACAUACUGCAUACCCGUACUAAAGCGCUCCACAUCACCGGGUCGCACAGUUUGCAGUUCUUAUUAAGGUUACUGUAAAGGAAAAAACUCACUUGAUGAGUAGUCUCAGAAAAACCCUUAUAAUUUAUCAAUACUGUCAUAUUUUUUAUUAUGUUUUUUUGUUUUUGAAUGCUCGAUGAAAGACUUUUUUGAUAGUGUUAUUUUCGUGAGAUGUUAAUUUUCCAAAAAGAAAAUAUAAUGAAAUAAACACACAUCUUUUUUUUCACUGUACGUUUUAAUAUGGCUUCUUUUUCCGAACGCGUGGUCUCAGACUUCUCGUUUUUGCACAAUUAUAUUCAGCAUAAAUUAAAUUCAAAAAGGUUCCCGGGUUUUUUUUUUUUUUAUAGCGUCGUUAUGAAAUUAUUUGUAACUAGUAGAUUAGGCCAGUGGAAAAAUCCACUUAGGCAGAAAAACAAUUGAAAAGUUCUGUCAUUUGAAUUUUGAUGACAUCAGCAAAUAUUUCAGUAUAUUGAAUAUGCCUUUUACUAAAAAAAAUAUUCUGAAAAUGCAUAAAAAGAAAGUAUAUAAGUCAUAAUUUAACAAAAAAGUUCUUAAAAUCUAACACAAAAUAUCAAAUGUCAAAUCGCAUGAAAUCCUACCAACUGACAAAAUAUGAAAAACAACGGCGUGCAAGGUGUAAAAUCUAAUUAGUAGAAAGUUACAACAUUGAUAGUAACAACCCAGACAGUUACGACAACAAUAAUAAUAAUGUCUGAAAUAACACAUCUUAAAUAUGUAUACAUCUUAUUAUGUGAUUAUGUUGAAAACCUUCAAUAUAUUAAUCUGAAAUGUCGAAAAAAAAGGCUUGCAACAGUAAGCACAGAUCUAUGAAAUAAGUUCUUUAUGCAUUUUAAACAUUGUCUUUUCCCUAAAUGCUUAUACAACAAUACAACCUAAACAAUAUCAAAAAGCCAAACUUAAACAAACACAAAACACCAAAAAACAAAAAGUUAAACUUUAAAAAAUCAUUUACUCGGUUGCAUACCAUCCUCUCCCGCAAAAAUAUGCACAAAAUGUAAAAAUUAACCAGUUAACAAAACAAUAUUUUUGUCUAAUGAUCCUACUGACUUUACCAAACAUUUUAAACUGAAAUGUAGAAAAAGCAUUGAGCAAGGAGUAAAUUUCAAAUAAAAAAAACACAUUAUUCUAUAUUGUUUUCACCCAUAAAAUCUUCCACAAAAUUGAUAUGAAACCCAUCAAAUUCAACUCAGAAAAAGCAGUCACUUAAGUGCAUACAAAUAUACAACUUGGAAAGUGUAGAAUAUCAAAUUAUUAUUUUUAGUAUAUAUACUUGCAUAUGGUCCUCCCUCACAACAGUUAAACAGUUUCAGUCUGAACAUUCUGUAACUUUUUAUCAUCAUCAAAUAUUUAUUCCCGUAAUUACAUUACUUACAGUUAGUUUAAAGUUUAAAAAAAGUCUAAUUGUACAAAAAAUUGUUCUUUCAGUAUUUUGCAUGUGGUCUUUUUCCACAAAAGUUUACACAGCAUUUAAAAAACAGCAGUUUGCAACACAAACAAGAAGCGUCAAGGCUUGAAGAUUUCCGCCUUGUCAAGAGAAACCUUCCACAGAGCAAAACGUCCAAUGGUCGACCUAAGGCUGAGAUUUCCAAUUUAAAAACAGGAUAAAUGAUUGAAUAAUUGCGCAAAACUAUGUGACUUAACCGCUUUUAGAGGCUUUUUGACUAUUCCAUUUCUUGAGUAGUUUUAGUUGUAAAAACAAUGAUGAAUAAAUAACAAAAAUAUACAGAUUUAAAAGCAACGAAGUGUCUGCUGCACCGGUACCGGAAUCGUAGAUCAAAAAACUACUGAACCGGUACCGGAUUUCUCCGGCUCACAGCUAGUGAACCGGCACAGGAUUUUUCAGCAAACAAAAAGUUUUUUGUGUAAAAUUUUAUUUUGACAACGAAGACGAUAAAAUAAGUAUUACUAGAAAUGGUAAUUUUUCAUACCCUGAAAAAAUCAACUUAGAGAGGUUCUUGCGAAAUACAUGUUUAAUGCCUUGACCGUUUGGAACGUUUAAAUAGAAUGAUUCGUUUCAAAGAAGCAAAAGCCUGGUUUUUAUUUCGUGGAUACAAACCCUUGCAUAUUAAAUAAGUAAGAGCCUAGACGCUUGAAGUUUUCUUGACGAAACCAGCUGUACUGCUUUCAUACGCGGAGAAGAUAUUCUUUUUCGCUGAAGAAUUUAUAGUUUUGAUACGAUAUCUCGAUAGGCAUAAAUUCACUAUGUCGAUUACUUUUGUUGUUGGGGAAAAAUUUUCUACUUUUUAAGAAUUGAAAACAAAAUUACAUACAUACAAAGAGAAGAAUUUUGCUGAUGUCUACGUUAGAGAUAGUCGAAGGCUUCACAAAAAAGAUUGACGAAAAUAAUAAAACCCGUUGUGUUCAUGGUGGAAGAAAAUUCAAAGGAAGAGGCUCUGGACAACAAGCUGUUCAGUACGUAUUUUGUUUACAUUAAUUAGCGAUCCUGUUUCCAGACCUCUUUAUUACUGUGUUCUAUAAAACUGUUUUUUAUAUGUCUUUUAGUACUAUAAAGCAAGACUGUCCGAAACGAAGAAGGUUAUUUUGCUGAAAGAUAUCUCUAAUAUGGCUCAGGAAGCGAAGAAAGGGAAAAGCCGCAAUGAUUUAGAUGAAAUUGCAACUGUGUUACGUGAUAAAUACAAUACCUCAGUUCAUUUAUGCAGUGACGUUAACGACAAUUUCAAGGGUUUAUUUUUCAAGAUGAGGAAAUGAAGGAUGCGUAUGAAGCAUAUCCAAAAUUGAUUUGUGUUGAUGCUACCUAUAAACUAACUGAGCUAAGAAUUGUAGUUGACAUCAUGUUAGUGGAAGAUUCGAUGGGGCAAAGUGAAAUUGUUGGAGUGGCGCUUCUUACUAUGGAAGAUAAGGAAACAUUGUCCUGGUUUUUGGAAACUUUUAAACAAAACAAUCCUUCCUCAGAGAAUCUUCGUGUGGUUAUGGCGGACAAGGAUUUGAAUGAAAGAGAACUAAUAAAAGUUACAUUUCCUGGUGUAAAAGUAUUAAUAUGUCUCUUCCACACAUUAAAGGCAUUUAAAAGAGAAGUCACUGUCGCGAAAAUGGGCGUUACUCAAGCGAAAGUUGAAUCACUGUUGUCCCUCUUUCAACCAAAGGCGUAUGCUAACACGGAGAAGGAAUAUCAGGCCUUGAAAAUCAACUUUCUUGAAAUUGCACCAAUUCAGGUGGGAUCUUAUUUCAACGAGAGCUGGGAUGAUAUUCAUGAGGAAUGGGUCCUGGGCGAUAAAUCAAAAAGUGACAAUUUUUUUCAAUUCGACCAACAACCGUUUAGAGAGUUUGAACGCAAAGUUAAAGAGCGUGAUACAUUUAUGUAGUUCUCUGGAAGAUUUUGUUGAUCGUUUUUUUGUAAUUCUAGCUACUCUUCGGAUUGAACGAGAUCACAGAGCCGCAAAUUCGUUUCAACGAAAACUUGUGAUGUCACAUCCAGUUACCAGUGUGGAAAGGCAGUACUCUGAGCUUCUCACAAGUUACGCAUCGUCCUUCGUUUUAAAACAACUGAAAAUGUCGACAAACAUAUCUAGAAUGAAAAGUAGUACACAGAAUGGGGAAUAUAAUUUUGAAAAGUCAAAAGAUGAAGUGUUAUCUGUUACAGCAAAAAAAUGUUCGUGCUGUUUUUUCAAUUCCAUGUUGUUACCUUGUCGGCAUAUUUUCGCACUCCGUCGAGAAUUAGAUAUUAAUCUUUUUGAUGGUGAUCUGUGUGCACAGAGAUGGAAAUCGUUAUAUUAUAGAAAAAAGUGUAGGCUGUUUCGAGAUGACGGGAUUUCAUCAACCGUAAACUACGAUCAUCUAACUAUACAACCAUCAGCUGUUUUGACAAAAAUGAAAAGAUUUCGUGUGACACAAUUAAUAACCAAUAAGGUGGCUGACGUUGUAUCCGAGCAGACAGGUGCUAUUUUUGAUCAUCGGGUUGAACAAUUGAAAACAUGCUUGACCUUUGGGGAAAUGGAAAAGAAGUUUUAAUCGCAGAACUCAAUGAACAAAGUAUGAUAUGUUUAACUAUGUUCUUGUUUAAAAUCUGUGCUAUUGAAAUAACUGCAUUGUAAUGUAGUGUACGUACUAUUCAACAAAGCAAUCACAGCCCUUAUUACUGCCGAGUUUUGAUCUCUAUUUUUUUACAACUGUGUAAUUAAAAAUAUAAUAUUGAUUCUUGAAUACUCAAAUAAAACGCAUAUUUCGACAAAAAAAAACGUAGAGGAAGAGGAAAAAGAGACUAGGAAUUACAAAGUUUUACAAAAAUCAUUUCCCCGAUUUAAUCAAGGCUGAAUUGUGGCUAGCGGAAAACUCCUCGUUAUUGGAGAAACAGCCCAUAAGGCCACUAGUAUUAACCAGUGAAGACAAAGAAUUGCAGCAAAAUGUAUUAAAAGCACUAAGAGACCCAAUGGAAUUUGAAGAUGACGACGAAUACACACAAAGUUGUGAAUAUUUAAUGGAGCAUGCUGGAUAUCAGUUUUUUUCAUCCAAAGAUACCCAAACUGCUCUUAACAUAUUAAGAGAUGAAAAAGGUAUAGACAUAAUGGCGCGUUUCUAGUCGCCUGAUCGCUGCGAACGGAGCUUCUCACAAUUUUAGAGUUCUAAACUCCAGUCAAGUUUAAACAAGCAAAAAUUCCGUUAUGUUUAUACCUUUUAACCAAUUGUUGUUUGCGAACUUAUAUUUUUUUAUUAUAUUUAUUUUUUACUCGAUUGAUUGCUAAAACAACGAACUUUGUAGAUUGUUUUUUCGCAAAAAAGAAACAGUAGUUAUCGCUGCAUAAAACACGUUUUUUUCCCUUACUUUAUUUUGAUAAUCCUCGUCCAAAAAGGCAAAAAAGAAAGCUAGGAAUUAAGUUAAGAUCCUGUACCGGUGCACUAGAUUUACAAAUAUGGGGUCCGGUAGUAAAGCUUCAUUACCGGUGCAGCAGUUCUUAAAUCUAUGAAUCUGGUACCGGUUCAGUAGUUUUUUGAUGUACGAUUCCGGUACCGGUGCAGCAGACACUUCGUAAAAGGAACAGCCAUCUUUUUUGCAAACACAAUUUCCGUUACUUUGUGCUAGAACUUCAUUUAACAAACCACACAAAACUCGCGGCUUUUCACGACAAAGAAGACAUAUAUUUUACGGCAACAUCAAAGAUUUUUUUUCGGCAACAUCAAAGAAAAAUGACGAUAUCAACUUUGCUUGUCACAGACACACGGACACACUUAGCGUAUUAUUAUAGAGACUAGUCGAUAAAGCCCGUGGAAAAUCCACUUAGGCAGGAUAACAGAGAAAAACAACCGUCAUUUAAAUUUUGCUGACGUCCUCAGAGACCUGUCAGAACACAAAAGUUUUUUUCAGAAAUGUGUAUGCCUGUUGCCUUCAUCGUAUAGAUCUUGAAACGCUGAUCAAGAAAAUGUAUAGGAUCGUGUACUUUUGACAAACGGAUGCAGAGAUAUUAGGGUUUAAAUGUUUUUUGAUGACGUCAUUAAUCCGUCCAUUCCGAAACGAAUUCCGUGACUUAGGUUUGGAAAACUUACCCAAAUUGGUCCCAGGUAGUCCCUAGUUACCCACGUAGGAGAUGAAGUCAGUUAUUUCCACCCGUUUCCAAGUUAUUUAGCCUUAAAUUUAAAAGUGCGUCUGCAUUGACUUCGAACAUGGCGGACGUUUUUCCGCUAAUGGUUAAUUGGAAAUGUGAAACAAAGUAGUAAAUGUGAAGUUUUUGUUCGUGACUAAACGUAUUAAGCAGAUUAACUUUGCCGCGAAAUUACUGGUACUUGUUAUGGCCACUUUAAAUCGACCGCUAGUGAAUAACGAAUCGAAUCGAAAUUCAAACGCAAAUGGCAGUUCCGCGCAACCAAUUCAAUUGGCGACAUCUUCUACAUCAUUCAGAUGCACCUCCUGUAAUACGAGAACUUUUACCACAUAUAAAGGUUUGAAUAUUCAUCUUAGAACAUGCUUACGAAAAACAAAUGAAGCGACAAUUACAAACUCUUCAAGCCAACCAGCUGCCGAACGAAUUAUUCCAACAACUGUAGUAAAUGAAAAUUUUUAUUGGAAGAGCAUUUCGGGAUCAAAAUUUACACAUGAUUUAGACUAUACAUAUGAAAGAAUAGUUUAUUGGAAAAAGAAUUUGUUUUUACUACCUUCUGGUGCGGCUGGAAAAUCGUUUAUUCGAGAAAUGACACGUCUUAUAAAUCUUUGGAUCGACGAUUCGCCGAUGAAACCUAUUUCGUUAAAAGCACUUCAUGUAAUGCCUUCACAAAACCCAGCAAGAAGUCAAAAUCAAAGGACCAUACAAAAGCUUUAGAACGGCGCUUGACACUAUGGGAGAAUGGCGAAUUGUUAGAACUUUUUGAUGAAGCUGUCGAUAUUCAAGAAAGACUUCAACCACCAAAUCCGAAAAGUGAUAUUUCAUCUAUUUCGAAAAAGUUUCGAUUGUUCAUGCAGAAGGGAAAUAUCAACAGUGAUUUGCGAUUAUUAACUGACAACAUGACGCAAGGUAUCCUUCCACUUAACGACGAGACAUUAUUAUUAUUAUUGGAACAAAAACAUCCAGAUCAGGGGAAUCUUAGCGAAGAUACGUUAAUAGAUCAACCGUCACAGCGAAUCGAUGAUAUUGUUUUUGAUAUUACUGAUGAAGACAUGGUAUUGAAAGCUGCCACGUAUACCAAAGGUGGUUCUGGUCCGUCAGGUUUGGAUGCUGACGGAUGGAGACGUAUACUUUGCUCGUCCACAUUUGGUACAACCAAUACUGAUCUACGUAAAGCCAUAGCCGAGUUAACGAAAAAGCUGUGUAUUGAAUCUAUUCCAGAAUCUGAUAGAUCUCCGCUUGAAGCCUUUGUUGCUUGCCGCUUAAUACCGUUAAACAAAAAUCCUGGUUUACGACCAAUUGGUGUUGGUGAGGUGCUUCGUAGAAUAGUUGUGAAGAUUGUGAUGAACAUAUCUAAAAAUGACGUAAUUAAAGCAGCAGGUUCGUUACAAGUUUGUGCUGGUCAAAAUGCUGGUGUUGAAGCAGCCGUCCAUGCGAUGCAUGACAUUUUCGACAACGAUGAUACUGAGGCUGUUCUUCUAAUCGAUGCUGAGAAUGCCUUUAACUCAAUUAAUAGAAAGGUAAUGCAUAACAUUUGGAAGUUAUGCUCAAUGAAUGCUACGUUCAUCAGCAACUGUUAUGCUGUAUCUGCACGUUUAUUCGUGAUAGGCGGAAAGGAGAUUCUUUCGAGGGAAGGCACCGCACAGGGCGAUCCGACGUCGAUGGCUUCGUAUGCUAUUGGAAUCAUACCAUUGUUGAAAGCACUUUUCAACAAUACACGUUCGAAUGACCACACCCUUAAAGAGGUUGCAUACUCUGAUGAUUUUACUGUUGCUGGAAAACUUUACGAAAUUAAAGAAUUUUGGUCGAAAAUCGUUGACAUCGGUCCGAAAUACGGCUACUUCCCGAAAGCGACUAAAUCCCAUCUAAUUGUGAAACAAGAGUAUCUACUUAGUGCUGAGCAAAUCUUUGCAGAUUCAAAUAUUUUGGUAACAUCGACUGGUCAACGUCAUCUCGGUGCAGUCAUUGGUAGUCAGUCUUACAAGAUUGAAUAUGUUAAUAGCAAAGUUGCAAGUUUAGUUGAACAGCUAAAACUUCUAUCCAAGAUUGCUGAACUAGAACCUCAAUCAUCUUAUUGUGCAUUUGUAACCGGUUUUAAAGCUAAAUUGACAUUUUUUCUCCGGACACAGCAUGAAGUGUAAGAUGGGUAGCUUUGUUACGAGACGUCACAACAACAUUCGUGACCUCACAUCGAAGUUACUCAAGGAUGUUUGUCAUGACGUACAGUUAGAACCGAAUUUGCUACCGCUGACUGGAGAACGUUUCGAUUUAAAGAGUGUAAAAACCGGUGAUGAUUGUAGACCGGACAUUCGUGCUCGUGAUUUUUGGAUAAACGGCCAACAGGCAUUUUUUGACGUAAGGGUUUUUGACCCCACUGCCUCGAGGUACAACAACCAAACUUUACAGCAAUCUUUCAUUUCAAACGAGAACGAGAAGAAAAGAAAUUACAAUC